GAUAUGCUAAGAGCCUGAGGUCGAGCAGCUUGGAGUUUACACUGCACACAUGACGAGAAAGCUCAACGACUGACUGCUCAAGGCACACUUCAGAAACCAGAAGGAAUGAGAUGAAAGGAAUGGAAAAAUCCAACAGCAAACACAAGAGGAUGCAAAUAGAGAAAGAGAGGCAUACAAGGGCAGCUGGAAGUAAGAGGAUGCAUUUCUUUCUGUGUUAAAUGUUUCUCAGAACUCACAGCAUUCUGCUUCAUGAAGACUACAGGUAGAAGACACUUUGAUUUUAAAUGACAGCCUCAAAGUUUUAAUUAUAUACAUAUUAAAUAUGCAGAGGAAGUCAUCCUUUACUGCUCCUGAAAUGAAGCUAUGUAAUUUCAUUCUCUGUGAAGACUUUAACAAUUUGCUGCAGUCCAUCUCUUUCUUACUUGAAUGAUGGAGUUCCUUAACUUUGAAAUGUGACAAACAUUAGUUAUAAAGUAUCAUCGUAAGUUUCUAGUAAAUAUUUGCUGCACUGUCAGCACUGAUUUUUGGAAGAACAGCUGCAUAAGAACACCUGCAUGAAAGCUGAACCUGAGGAUGGCAAUGUGACUGCAAUGGAGCUACCUAGCCCCACCACAGGUACUUUGAAUCUGUCAUACAACACUAACAAUUCCACUGCUGUCCCUCAGACUAGCCAUGUGCUCCCUUACUCCUCUGCAGCUACUGGCUUAAUUAUCUUUAGUGUCACUGUUAUCAUUCUUGUUACCAUUGUCGGCAAUGUAUUGGUAGUGGUGGCAGUCUUCACAAGUCGGGCACUGAGGGCUCCACAGAAUCUUUUCCUAGUUUCUCUGGCUACGGCGGACAUUUUGGUAGCUACACUGAUAAUCCCUUUCUCCUUAUCCCUGGAAGUAAUGGAUUACUGGUAUUUCUCAACCACAUGGUGCAGUAUUUACCUGGCAUUAGACGUCCUCUUCUGCACUGCUUCUAUCAUGCACCUGUGUGCCAUCAGCCUGGACAGGUACUGGUCAGUGACUAAAGCUGUCAGCUAUAACCUCAAGAGGACCCCUAGGAGAAUCAAGUGGAUGAUUUUUAUUGUCUGGGUCAUAUCAGCUGUCAUCUCUUUUCCACCUUUAAUCACAUACACCCCCAAAAAUCAUACAUGUGAACUCAACAAUGAGCCCUGGUACAUUCUUUUGUCAUGCAUUGUAUCUUUUUUUGCCCCAUGUGUCAUCAUGGUCCUGGUUUAUUGCAGAAUCUACCAGGUGGCAAAGCAAAGAACAUCAACUGUGUUUGUGGCCAAGAAUGGUAUUGAGAGGCAGUCUGCCCAGUCAGAAAGCUACUUCACCAGCAAAGGGAGGUUUGAUGCUGACAGUCCUAGCAGUCAGAGCUCUGGCAGCAUACAUAAACAGGAAGAACUUGAGGACAUAGACUUGGAAGAGAGCAUGUCCUCAUCUGACAACAAACAAAAAAAGCCUCAGUUUUCUAAAAAGCAAAAGAAACCUGUGGACUCCAAUUGUUAUACUAAGAGAAGGACUCAUCUGUCAUGGGCUUCUAGCCGUUUUGGUGGUCAAAGGAGGAGACAGACCUCCAUCUCUAAAAACAAACUUGCACAGUUGAGGGAGAAGAGGUUCACAUUUGUUUUAGCAGUAGUGAUCGGGGUAUUUGUCUUGUGCUGGUUCCCUUUUUUCUUUUUUUAUAGCCUGCAAGCAGUUUGCAGUCAGUGUGAGAUUCCUAAAUCCUUGUUUUCAUUCUUUUUUUGGAUUGGUUAUUGCAACAGCAGUGUAAACCCCAUCAUAUACACCAUCUUCAAUCGAGAUUUCCGCAAGGCUUUCAAAAAGAUUAUCUGUCGGUCUUCUUCAUGGACUGCAUGACUGUAACAUACAUACACACAAAAAAUAUUCUUGUCUUGGAAACUUGGACUGGGUAUGUUCUUAUUAUUUAUGUCUUGUUAGUUGACUGGCAUAAAAUAAAAACACAAAAACAAAAAAAAAAUAAAUAAAUUAUAAAGAAAAAACAAUCACAUUUAUGUUUUCUUUGCAUAAUAAAGCCAAUUUUUCUUUUUUGUCAUAAAUGCUGCAAGGGGCUUAAUAAUAGUAUGACAUGGCUUGAAUGGAAGUACAUAAGUAUAAAACUACUGAAUUGUAUAUUAUUGAUGGUUUGUUUCCUAUUUCCCCAUUCUUUCCACUUAAGGUAACUCAUGAAAUCCUUAUUAAUAUUUGAAUCUUCUACCAAAAAAAUGCAGCGUCUAUUAUAUAUUUGUCUGGGGUUAUUAUACAUGUUUUGGUAACCAAGUUGGAUAUAUUGGCAUAGCCCAUUUACACGGGACCAUCUCAGGAAAAAAAAAAGGUUACCAACCCAUUUAGUCAUAAGCACAAAAGUAAAAACAAUGGGAAAGUAAAGCUUCUCUCAGGUAAUAAUGAAUGGAUAUCUUAAUAUGCAGUAAUAAGCCAUAAAUGUUGGCUUGAUGCAACACAGCAAACAUAUGCCGUGUCAGUAACAGAUAUCAAGCAAUAAUCUAAUUGAAUACCAAGCUAGGGUGAAGGCACUCAUGGAAUCAGUAAAGUAUUUGCAAAGAAACAUCAUACCUAUCUUGCAUUUGGAAGAAAGAAAACACAAAGUGAUAACUUGUAUUCACAAGCUUCUUAUAAAAGUAGAGGAUAGUCAAAGUGUUAAUGGUAUAAAAUGUGCCAUUGUACCAUAGGUUAUAUGACUAGGUAAACAACUUAUGUUAUUCAGUUACUAAGCUAUUCCUUAACUCUCCAUUAUUCAGUCGUCAACUAUUAACAUGCAGUAAAUAUGUUUGAUGUUUAUGUCAAACAUUCAAAUGGCCAUCUGUUAAUUAUUUUCCUUAAAAAGUUUGCAGAUCUCCAGUAGAGAUGUAUCCUUGUAUACUGGUGCUGCCUCUGAAUAAUAUUUAUUUGACUCUCUACUACAUUUUCUUUUAUCACAUUUGUAUUAUAUUCUCAUGUCUUGAAAAAAAGUUUUACUCUGUAUGUAUAUCUACACUAUUCCUUCAUAGAGUAUCUGUGUGUGUGUUUGUGUGUGUGUGUGUGUGUGUGUGUGUGUGUGUGUGUGUGUGUGUGUGUGUGUGUGUGUGUGUGUGUGUGCACGCGCGCAUGUAUGUGCACGUUUAUUUACAGAGGGGGUUGAUGACAGCCUAACUAAGCAAUUAAGAUUUCUACUGCUUCGCUGUAUUUAUAAAGGGAGAGAGAGAGUGUGAGUGUGAGAUCAGACAGUGAUACAUGCAAUUGUGUGUAAAGUAUACAAAAUGCAUGCUUAGCAUUAUGCUUUAGGAGGUCAAAAGAUGCACAGCUGCUUCAGAUAUAAACAUGAGCAAAAUUCAUGAGAAUGUUAGGGUACUUUUCUAGAAAAGGAAGGCAGAACACUGAAACAUUCAAUAAUUGUUAGCAAAGGAGUUGGAAAUGCUCUCCGUAACAAAGAUAAAAACAACAGUUGAGCACUGAUUGUCUGUACUGUUUAUUGACCACUGCAGCUUUAUUUCACUUUUAUGUCUGUAUCUUACGUGUUCAGUUAACAUUUUUAUUAUUUUGUCAUAAACGAUGGUCAUCUUGAAAGAUCACCUGCAUGACAAGUUAAAUAAUAGUAAUAAUACUCUCUGUCUGAAGCAGUGACUGGGUUUCAUGACAGCAUUGUCGAAGUUCAUAACUCAGUGAAGAGUUCAGCGGGGAAGUUACAUCAUUCAUUCAGGUCCAGGUAAAAUAAUGUACAGUACAGAACGUAUUUGGUUGUGACACUGAGAAGUAUUUCCUGACAUCACUUCUAAUGUUUGAUUGCAUGUUUCUUCAGGUACAUCAGCUUUUUGAUAUUGUGCUGAGGGUGAGGGAAUUUAUAACCUCACAAAAAAUGUUAUCUCAGUUUAUGUUAACUAUCCUUGUGAACACAUACUUUCCAUGAACUUUUCUCAUGCUGGCAAUAUCCAGAUGUAUGGCAUGUCUGUUUCUAGUUGUGAAAUGUGUAUAUUUGGCAGCAUAUCUAUGACUGUAAAAUGUGUUUAAUAUUUA